UACAAGUUACAACGGUAUUCAACUGACAAUAGAGUAUAUAGUUUCAUCACCUCAGUGUUGUUGCGGACCCGACCCAUUAAAUUCAAUUUCUAGGGUUUCAAUUUGUAAAGCAAUUAGCUUCAGUUAUUACAAUCGGGCGCUUUUUGCCCCGAAUUGAGCCCUAAUUCAGCUUCAAUUCGGGUCCAAAUGGGUCGCUCUCGUGCAAUUCCCAACCCGGCCGACGAUGAUCCCAGCCAAAGUCGAUCAAAGAGAAAGCGAACUGCUUCAAAUGUGGAGAAUUUAGAGUCUGCCGCAACAGGUCAAGGGACAAUUGAAGGGAAAAAAGCAUUAUACCAUUGCAACUAUUGUAACAAAGAUAUCUCAGGAAAAAUUCGCAUCAAGUGUGCAAUGUGUUCCGAUUUUGAUCUUUGUGUGGAAUGUUUUUCAGUCGGAGCCGAAGUUUAUCCUCAUAAAAGCAAUCAUCCAUAUAGGGUUAUGGAUAAUUUGUCGUUUCCGCUCAUAUGCCCUGACUGGAAUGCAGACGAGGAAAUUUUACUUCUAGAGGGUAUUGAAAUGUAUGGGCUGGGGAACUGGAAUGAAGUCGCUGAGCAUGUUGGAACGAAAAGUAGAUCUCAGUGCAUUGACCACUACAAUACUAUAUAUAUGAACUCGUUGUGCUUCCCUCUUCCGGACAUGUCUCAUGUUAUGGGCAAGAAUAGAGAAGAACUCCUUGCUAUGGCCAGAGAGCAGGGGGAAGUAAAAAAAGGACUUCCAGUGCCAAUGGAACUUACAGUGAAAGAGGAGUCUUCAUAUCCUGCAAGAGUGAAGAUCGAAGAUCAAAGCAGAGACGUUCUAGGGAGACCGUUAUCUAGCUUAGUUCCUGAGGUUGGAACUGGUGCUGGGUCCAGCAAUGGUAAACCAUCCGCAGGGGGGGUUAAAAGGGCAUCUAGCAUUGUACAGAGUAAAGUUGAUUCUGAUGGCCCCAAAAUAGAAGACAGGAGUGUUGGAGAGAAAAAACCUAGGAUCUCAGGAGAUGAGGGACCUUCUUUGACAGAGUUAAGUGGCUAUAAUUCUAAAAGGCAGGAGUUUGAGAUUGAAUAUGAUAAUGAUGCUGAACAGCUGCUCGCGGACAUGGAAUUCAAGGAUACCGACAGUGAUGCUGAACGUGAAAUUAAAUUACGGAUAUUGCGCAUAUACUCAAAAAGGCUCGAUGAGAGGAAACGUCGGAAAGAUUUUAUACUUGACAGGAAUUUACUUUACCCUGAUCCUUUUGAGAAGGAUCUCACUCCUGAAGAGAAGGAAAUUUGUCAGCAAUUUAGAGUCUUCAUGCGAUUUCAUAUGAAAGAAGAACAUGCAGAAUUUCUAAAAGUUAUGAUUGAAGAGCACAGGAUUCGGAGAAGAAUACAGGAUCUUAAGGAAGCUAGGGCUGCUGGCUGCCGCACAUCCGUUGAGGCUGAGAGGUUUAUUGAGCAGAAGCGCAAGAGAGAAGCUGAGGAACAUGCACGCAAGGCGAAGGAAAACUCUCAAACUGGGCCAAGUGGUAAAUUCUUGCAGAGGGCAAAUCAUCUUAAAGGAGAACUUGACAACAGUCCAAGGGGAGGUCCUCCUGGGUCAGUUUUUGAAGACUGGAAUGUCAAUGGAUUUCCAGGAGCUGAUUUACUCUCUGAAUCGGAGAGACGGUUGUGCAGUGAGAUCAGGAUCCUCCCAGCACACUAUCUAAAGAUGCUGGAGACCUUGUCAAUAGAGGUAAUGAAAGGCAGGCUUUCGCAAAAAUCAGAUGCACAUGUACUAUUCGAUGUUGAUCCGGGCAAGGUGGACAAAGUGUAUGAUAUGCUUAUGAGAAAGGGGAUUGUGCAACCAUGAUAACAUCUAAUCCCAACUUCAAUGUUAUUGUGAUUUUUCAUGAAGCUUGCAUGUACCACCAUGCCUGCAGUUUUAUUGCCUAAUCGAAGUUACCAAAUACAACAUUUAUUUUACUUUGCAGCAAUUAAAAUAAGUUACACCUAGUGUAUGAUAGUUAAAAUUCAGAUGAUAGGAUUUGUUGUAUGUUAUACAUUACACUUGACAGUGUCAAUCAUUAAUGAUGAAAUAGUAAAGAGACGUUUUUGUAA